AUGCCAGCCACCGCAGGUUCGUACCCUUUCCUACUCCGACAGAGUCUAUCCUCCCGAGCUUCGUUGCGGACACUCCAUGCCAGCAGUUUGGCCGUCGCUCCAACCAGCACGGUGGCCGGCGUUCGAGGUCUUGCAACAGCAACCAAUUGUCGGCGCCAGUCUAAGCAAUAUGGCUUACACUUUUCUCUACCUCUACCUCGUCUCCCCACCGUCUCUUUCCUACUUCGUGCUCAUCGACCACUCCACACUUCGACCCCACGCGCACUGCCACCUACUGCAGAGACCGCCAGCUACCGCCUCAACCAUGUGAUGCUUCGAGUCAAAGACCCCAAGAUCUCGCUCGACUUCUACCAGAACACCCUCGGGAUGGACCUCAUCGACACGCACGACGGCGGCGACUUCACGCUCUACUUCCUCGCCUACCAGCACCAGAAGGGUGUCUCGCAGCGCGGUGAACGAGAGGCCAUCCUCGAACUCACCCACAACCACGGCACCGAAAACGACGCCAACUUCAGCUAUCACAAUGGCAACCAGGAACCCAAGGGUUUCGGUCACCUGUGUGUUUCCGUCGACGAUAUCGAAAAGGCCUGCGACAGGUUUGAAAAGUUGGGCGUCAAGUUUCAGAAGAAACUGACGGAUGGGAAGAUGAAGAACAUCGCGUUCAUUUUGGAUCCCGUACGUUGA